CAUCACACCCCUCAUACAAACUGCACUGCCGGGCAUCCUCUACUACUCCACAGGACUUCAAGACGUUGUCGUAAACGUGCCAUGACACAUCAGUAUUUAAAUGGCCUGUGUGAAAAUUGGUCCUUGACAUGUCUACCAAGGGGUUCCUGGAACUUUCCGACAUCACCAUUGUACGUUCAUUGACUCUGGCGAACGUUUGGCGACCGGCAGAACACUGACUGGUGGGAAGGUUAGGUGAUAUCAUGGGUCACAUCCAAAAGGGCAGUGUAUUCAGCCUCCGACUCGAGACUCAGCGACACUGCUAUUGAUUAUAAUUAAUACUACAUGCUCGACUUGAACAUCUCUUCAAGUGAGAGCACUUGACGCACUACUAUUUGUCGAUGGCAACUGAAUUAUCCCCGCAAGUGCCCGAUCAUGACGCAGCUCGCACACAGUCCAAUACCAGUCUGCCAGCUGAGACCGUCACCUUUGCACACCGAAUAUUCGACGCUGCGCGGGAGGGAAACACAGAGCUCAUCCUUCAAGCAGUUGAUGCGGGCUUGCCAGUCAACCUCACAAAUGAAAAAGGAAACACCUUAUUGAUGCUCGCAGCAUAUGCAGGCCACGUGGAAUUGACUAAAGGACUUCUGCAACGGAAAGCAGAUCCAAACAGGCUCAACGAUCUUGGCCAAUCUAUAGUCGCGGGCGCUGUGUUUAAGUCGCACGAUGAGGUUGUGCGUGUUCUGGUUGAAGCUGGCGCAGAUCCGAGAAUAGGCAAACCCACUGCAAUAGAGGCAGCUCAUAUAUUUGCUCGGAAGGAGUUGAUGGAAGUGCUGGGCGCAAAACAGGGCGAUAUCGGCGCUGAUGUUCCCAUCUCUCCUAGUGCACGUCCCGAAAAGUGAUCACAUCUAAGCCAGUUUGAAAAUUCUGACAGAUAACCUGUACCACCCA